UUUCUUGUUGGAAUGAGUCGCACAUAAACAUUGACUCGCAUGAAUUUUCAGACAGAAUUUUAAACUCAAAUCAAUUUUUUUUUAACUUCUUUCUUUUCUUUAAAGGGAACAAAAAAAAAAAGACGAGUUUGGUUUCUUCGAUUGGAUCCGCUGCCUCUCAAAAACCAUAUUGCAAUUGCAAAGUCGAGUUCCCUUUCUCCGUUAGGUAAAGCUUUGUUAUUUUCUUCUUUUGGUGUUGCAUUUUAUCAACAACAAGAAGACCGCCGGCCAGCGUUGAACCCAUCGCCUGUAGAUUCAGAAAUCAAUUGAAUUCGAUUCGAUUAGAUCAGAUCGGAUCUCCCAACACAAGCUUAGACUUGAUCCGCUGCUACGUUUCUCUUUCUCUACGUAGAUGCUGGUUUCUGCUUAAGGGGAUCGAAUUUAUAAACUAUGGGAGAUUGGGUCAUUGGAGCAUUUAUCAACCUCUUUGGCAGUAUUGCCAUCAACUUUGGGACAAACCUUCUUAAAUUAGGUCAUAAUGAGAGGGAAAGACAUUCCAUGAUGGAUGGUGAAGGAAUGGCUGGAAAGGUUCCAUUAAAGCCUAUCAUAUACUUCCAAACAUGGAGAGUUGGUAUUCUAUUUUUCAUUAUUGGAAAUUGUCUAAACUUCAUUUCCUUUGGUUAUGCUGCUCAGUCACUUCUUGCAGCCUUGGGAUCUGUUCAGUUUAUAUCCAACAUUGCAUUUGCUUACUUCGUCUUAAACAAAAUGGUCACUGUAAAGGUACUGGCAGCCACUGCAUUUAUUGUUCUUGGAAAUUUUUUUCUUGUCGCAUUCGGCAACCAUCAGUCUCCUGUCUAUACACCGGAACAGUUGGCAGAGAAAUACAGUAAUAUAACAUUCCUUCUUUACUGUCUGAUUUUAAUCUUAGUUGUUGCACUACAUCACUAUAUCUACAGGAGAGGGGAAAUUGUCCUUGCUGUUUCUGGACAAGACCUUAGACCAUAUUGGAACAUGCUGCUUCCUUUUUCAUAUGCUGUAGUUUCAGGAGCUGUAGGAUCAUGCUCAGUGUUAUUUGCAAAAUCUCUCUCUAACCUUCUAAGGUUGGCAAUGUCCAAUGGUUAUCAGUUGCACAGCUGGUUCACAUACUCCAUGAUACUUUUAUUUCUAAGUACAGCUGGAUUUUGGAUGGCAAGGCUAAAUGAAGGGUUAUCACUCUUUGAUGCAAUCCUUAUUGUUCCCAUGUUUCAAAUUGCUUGGACCUUCUUCUCCAUUUUUACAGGAUUUAUAUAUUUCCAGGAAUAUCAGGUGUUUGAUGCGCUGAGAACAACUAUGUUCAUACUAGGAAUGGUGUCUGUGUUCGCAGGCAUUUCUUUAUUGGCACCUGAUGAGCCAAGAGGUGGUGAAGUGAAGGAUGGUUCACAUCCAACUUCUGUUUUGUCUUCCAGCAAUUCAACUGAAACAGACAGGUUCAUCUUCGAAUCCGAAGAUGCAGAAAAUAAAGAGAUGAAAUCAUUUACACAACUAAUGGUGGUGAAGCUCACAGACAUACUUGCCAAGGCAAAGACAACAUGUUCGCUAUCGCUAGGUUUUGGAGAUGAUUCUAUCAACGCAUCUGCGGUUCUUGUGAUGCCUAUGAUGUCAUCAAAGAUAACAGGCUUUAGAGGAAGUGGGUUUGAUCGGAGUAGGAUAUUCUCCUUGAGAAAUUCAAGUUGGAGUAGGGUUGCAAUGGAUGAAGAGAGUGCAAAGAUGUUGAAUGGAGAUGGGAAACAUUACACCGUCAUAUGCAUGCGGAGCUGUCGAGCGUUACAAGCGACCGCCGUUGUCAAAAGCAGCCUGCAGUUGAAGCUGAAGACAUCAACUGAAGACACAUGCAUCUCCUUGAUCAAGCAAUGCCACACGCUCAAGUCUCUUAAAGCCCUUCAUGCUUCCAUUCUCAGAUCCCUCCACCUCCAUCUCCACUCCCUCACCAACCUCAUCUCCCAUUACGCUUCUCUUGGCUCCAUUUCUUACGCCUACACUCUCUUUUCCCACUGCAACUCCUUCUCCAACGAUGCCUUCCUUUGGAACGUCAUGCUGCGUGGCCUCGUCGACAAUGCCCACUACCAUCGCUCCUUCCUUCUUUAUACCCGUAUGCCUUAUCUGCAUAUUGCGCCUGAUAACUUCACCUUUCCCUUUCUUCUCAAAGCUUGCGCUUCUCUCCGCAUUCUCAAUUUGGGUUCUCAGCUUCAUGCACAUGCCUUCCUAUACGGCUAUUCCUCUCACGUCUUCAUUGCUAACUCCCUCAUUUCAAUGUACGCCAAAUGCGGCCUUUUUCCUGUUUCCGAAAGAGUGUUCGAUAAAAUGCGCCAAAGAAGUAUAGUGUCGUGGAGCGCAAUGAUUGGAGCGUGCUUGCAGUGCGGUUUUCAUGAGCAAGGGUUGUUGCUGUUUACCAGGAUGUUGGAUCAAGGAAUUAAACCCAACAGGGCUUCUAUUUUAAAUGCCACGGCCUGCGUUAGGCGUGAGAACGCGGCUCAUCAAAUGCAUAGAGUCAUCAUGGAUAAUGUACUUGAUAAUGAUCAGUCCGUGCAAAAUGCCACCAUGCUUAUGUUUGCUAGAUGCGGAAGAAUUGACCUUGCUAGAAGCUUGUUUGAUGGGUUCACAAACAAGGAUUUGGUUUGCUGGGCCUCAAUGAUCGAUGCAUAUGCUCGGGCUGACUUGCCACUUGAAGCUUUGCUCCUCUUUAACCAAAUGAGAUUACAAUGCGUCCUUCCCGAUUCUAUUACCCUUCUUGCCGUGAUUCAAGCUUGUUCAAUACUAGCUUCUUUGCACCUUGCACGAACCCUUCAUGCCGUUAUUAUUCGUUGUUUCCUAGAGUGUCAAUUAGUGUUAGAUACUGCUGUCCUUGACCUUUACAUGAAAUGUGGGAGCUUAACGUAUGCUAGAAAAGUUUUCGAUAACAUGAAAGGAAGGAAUAUCAUCUCCUGGAGCACUAUGAUAUCCGGGUAUGGUAUGCACGGCCAUGGUAAAGAAGCACUUCAUCUCUUUUAUCAAAUGAAGGCCUUAAUAAAGCCAGACCAUGUCACAUUCGUAUCAAUAUUGUCAGCAUGUAGUCAUGCCGGUUUAAUUAAUGAAGGAUGGAAGUGCUUCGAUUCCAUGGUAAGAGACUUUGGGGUAACACCAACAUCCGAACAUUAUGCAUGUAUGGUUGAUCUAUUGGGCAGAGCUGGGCAGUUGAACCAGGCCCUGGAGUUCAUUGAAAAGAUGCCUGUGAGACCAGAAGCUGGUGUCUGGGGGGCACUGCUUGGAGCUUGUAGAAUUCAUUCAAAUGUAGAACUGGCAGAAAUCGCUGCCAAAUCGUUACUCAACUUGGAUGCCGAAAAUCCCGGAAGGUAUGUUCUCUUGUCCAACAUAUAUGCAUCAUUGGGAAAAAGAAGAGAAGCUUAUAGGAUUAGAAUUUUAAUGAAAAGCAGAGGUGUAAAGAAAAAAGUCGGUUGGACUAGUAUAGAGAUUAAGGGCAAGAUGUAUACGUUCGUGGCCGGGGAUAGAGCAAACCCUGAAAUGGAUCUAAUCUAUUCAGAGUUGGGUAAACUAAUGGAGAGGAUUAGACAAGAAGGGUAUAUACCAGAUGUAAGCUUUGUAUUGCAUGAUGUGGAGGGGGAGACAAAGGAGAUGAUGUUGUAUGCACACAGUGAGAAGCUGGCCAUCGUUUUUGGGCUAAUAAAGUUGGGACAUGAAAGUUCGAUUAGAAUAACAAAGAAUUUGAGGGUGUGUGGUGAUUGUCAUACGGCUACAAAGUUCAUUUCCAAGGUUACAGGAAAGGAAAUUGUGGUGAGAGAUUCCCAGAGGUUCCAUCAUUUUAUGAAUGGAACUUGUUCCUGUGGAGAUUAUUGGUGAUUAUGUCUUUGCCGUAGUUAUUAGCAAUUACUCAAACAAAUUUAUGUUUUGCCGUCAUUUUUUUAAAAUUUUCAAUUAUUUAAAUUUUUUUUAUUUUUAAACAAAUUUAUUAGAUUUAAAACCGAGUUAGAAAAAUACAUGUCUUUAGAAAAUUUGUUAUGCGCCCCUGGAAAUAUUGAGAUAAUCCUAAAUAAGUUAUUAAGAUUAUUUACUUGAUCCAUGCUAGGUUCAAUAUAAAUUCAAAGGAAGAAACUUAUAUGUAUGUUUCUUUUGGGUGAAUUCCACAAAAAGUCCCCAAACUUUAGGCUAAAUUCUACAUUGCUCAACUGAGUCCCCAACUGCAAAGUUUAGUAUUAAUGUGGCUUUUCCUUCAACGGAACUACUAAUGAUACAUUUAUGCGAAAUUUAUUAAUGUGACAUUUAUGCGAAAUUUUGCAAAUUGAAGACUUGUUGGUACAUUUUGAAGCUUGAAACCUAUAUAGAAUUUGACCUAAAGUUUGUAGACCAUUUGUGGAAUUAACCCUUAAUAUAUAAUUGUUCCGGAUUAGUUUAAUUUAUUUCUGUAUAUUUUAAUUUGAUCUUAAUUAAAUAAAUUUUCUUUGCGAUACAAUAAAAAAUCAGUUGAACUCUUUGUCCGAAUCACUCUAAGGUCGGUUUUCAGUGCCCGACUGGUCGGUUCAGAUUCCAACAACUACAUAGUUUUUUUCUUUUCAUAGGUCUAAAGCAAGACAGAAAAAAAAAAAAAAAAAAAAAGUCCUGAGUCCGCAUCCAUAGUCAAAAUACCUUGGAUUGGGAUUACGACUGAGUAGGAACGAUGGUGAAACCUUAUCUGGGGUUUUCUUUUUUUUAUAUUGCAUAAAAUAAAACUAAUUUUAUCCCAACUGAAGCAUUGGUGGCAUUCGCAAGUGUCAACGCAAUGGCUAAAGAACUAGGAGAGGAAAUAACUAAGAAGCCGUUGAUAAUAGCAAUGAAAGGGCAUCCCGGCACUGGCAAAUCCACUUUAGCCCAUGCCUUAGCCUCAGCCCUCAAAUUCCCUCUCGUCGACAAAGAUGACAUCCGCGACUCCACUUUUCCGCUCCAUCAGCAACCACAAGGUUCCCACGCCCUCCUCAACCACCUCUCCUACGAAGCUAUCUGGCGAGUCGCCUCAACUCAGCUCCACCUCGGCAUCAGCGUCAUCAUCGACUCUCCUCUCUCUCACAGAACCCAUCUCGACCGUCUCAUCAGCUUAGCGGCGUCGGCCGGAGCCCGCCUCCUGAUUGUGGAGUGCCGGCCGUCGGACGAGGCCAAGUGGAGGGAGAGGCUUGAAGGGAGGGAAAAGAGUUGGCACAAGCCAACCUCUUGGGAGGAGCUUCAGGAGCUGAUUAAGGGGUAUGGCGGAUGCACGGAGUACGAUGUCGGAGAUGUGCCCAAGAUGGUGGUUGACACGACGGCGCCUAAUCUAGGGCUGGAGGAGUUGGUUUCCAGUGUGGUGCGUUUCAUUGCUUCUUCUUGAGGCAGAUCAGUUGGAUUGUACUGUGGCCGACCCAACCCCGAUGUGCUUAAAAACUUAAAUACCAAUGCUGUUCUCUCAAUCAACUAUAAUUUCUUUACUUUAUUCAUUUAAAAUAAAAAUUUUAUAAUUUAAA